CUACGUGUUUCUCUGUUCUCUACUUUCACAUUUGCACAGCGAAAAAGGUUGGUAACCCCAAAUCCAAAAAGAAUAUACUGCACAGUACAGCUGCACUGAAUCCAAUUAAUAAGACAAACCUACACAGCCUGAGCUUGUUGACAAGCAUGGUACACCAUUGCUUAUUCGCUCUUUUUGGUAAAUUUCAUGAUCAACAACCAACCAUGUAAUAUUUCGUUGAAGUCGAAGAAAAACAAAUACUACAAAAAAGGAGAGCUGGUUUAUAUUUCAUGAAAAAAGGAAAAAAAAUGAGUGUUUCCUUGACGGUGAUGACCUUUAAUCUUCAUGAUGAUCAGGCUGAAGAUAGUCCAAAUUCAUGGGAGAAGAGGAAGGAUUUGUGUAUUAGUGUCGUCACUAGUUAUUCUCCUAUGAUUCUUUGUACUCAACAAGGUGUGAAAACACAGUUGGAUUAUCUUCAGCAGUGCUUGCCAGGUUAUGGUCAAUUUGGAAUAUCAAGAAAAGGAUCUCAAGACAGCCUAGAUGAACACUGUACUAUCUUCUAUGACAAGGAAAAAGUAGAGCUGCUAGAAGAUGGAACAUUUUGGCUAUCAGAGUCGCCUUCUGUCCCAGGAAGCAUGUCAUGGGGUGCUGCAGUUCCAUGUAUUGCAACGUGGGCUACAUUCCAAUUGAAAGGGAUUGAGCCCCCAGGCUUUUCAUUGCAGAUAGUGAAUACAAACAUGGACGAGUUUAGUCCUCGUGCACGUAGACGAAGUGCUUUACUCACAUGGCAACACAUUGCAUCCUUACCUCCUAGCUUACCAGUUGUGUAUUGUGGAGGAUUUAACACACACAAAGAAUCAACUACAGGACGUUUUCUUCUUGGGAGAUCAAGCGAGCAUGGUGUAGUGGGAGAUAUGAGGGAUACAUGGCCCAAUGCUCAAGUGAGGAAAAAUGUUUCCCUCGUACACACUUUCCAUGAUUUCAAAGGUGACAAGCAAGGAGCCCUUGAGUUCUUCAAGUUAAUCUUGAGGGCACUCUGCCUCUGCUGGGACCGCCAAACACAGGAUCUGCAUGUAGAUUGGAUUCUUUUCAGAGGUAGAUCUUUGAUUCCUGUCCAGUGCGAAGUGGUGAAUGAUAAUAUAAACGGGCGCUAUCCAUCCUCACACUACCCUAUAUUUGCCGAGUUUAUGCUUCCUCGUUCCGUGAGACUGCUUGAGCCACCUCUUACUGCAGAAGAAAAUCCGCUUGCUGUCUGAUUUGAAGUUGAUCCUUCCCUCCUCUCCCAUUCUUGUUCUUUCCCAUUAAACAGUAAGAGUAUCAACUGUCAUUCAUUGGUUUCAGUGAGAAUUUAGGUAUCUAUAUAUUUCAAGCACAACAUUCUUUUUUUGGGCUAUACAAGGAUAUUCCACUGAUUUACUCUUGAUUGUAUCCAAAAGCCACUGUAGUUUUUUCAUACAGGAUAAAUUAUUGACAGCCCUUUACGUUGAGCUGCUACUUUCUCA